AUGGACAUCUCAAAGAGCGAUUCACGUAUAGCACCAUUGUAUCAAAGUGGCGUCUCGUCCAAACGAGAUUCUGUGGCUACCGAGCAGGAUCCUAAUAAGCGAUCAAAACGCAGACAUGCAACUGUCUAUGAUGCUGUAGCAGGUAUCUUGCUCUCCCGUGAUCGUCCGAUUCAAAGCUCACAAAAAUCAGGCAAAGUCUCAUAUGACCAAGGUCCCGUAACGGAACCGGAAGAGUUACAGUAUACAGCUCGUCACCCCAAGGCAAUCAGAUACUCCACAAAAGAUAUCCCCUUGGCUCCUGACGAAAUUCUAUUCAGGCGGAAAGAUGCACCCGUGCGUUACUUGGAGCACGACAUCUACUACGCUCAUGAACACGACCUGCCCUGUGGGGGGCAGGGUGUCCUGCCAGAUAGUGACCUCCUCAAAGCCAUUCACGCUUAUACCAGUGCUUUUUACAGCGUCAGAAACCGCGAGCGCCAACCUCCGGAUAGCCGAAACAUUACUGAACGGAGCAUGGAUGAGACAGCUCUCUUGGCGUUUGGUAUCCUCUUAGAAGAAGCUGGCAAGGAGGUCCUUGGUCGACGAGGCGACCUAGUCUUCACUGAAGGUGCAGAUGACGGCCCUGUUGAUGCAUCCGAGCCAGUCCAAGAUGAGACCCGGCUCGUUGGGCAUCACGACAUCUCCUUGCGGGGACGUCCUAAGCGGAGAAAGACUGGCGCAAGUGAUGUUGAAUGA